CCCUUUUCAGUGUUCUAAAAGAGAAAAAGAGGAAUCAUGUCCAUGAUUGCAGCUUUCUAUGACAACAAGUCCAUCCUCAUCACUGGGGCCACAGGAUUCCUGGGCAAAGUGCUCAUGGAGAAGCUGUUCCGCACCAGCCCUGGCCUGAAAGUCAUCUACAUCCUUGUGAGACCCAAGGCUGGCCAAACCCUGCAGCAAAGGGUUUUCCAGAUCCUCAACAGUAAGCUAUUUGAGAAAGUCAAAGAAGUUUGUCCAAAAGUGCAUGAGAAGAUUAAACCUAUUUAUGCAGAUCUCAAUCAGAAGGACUUAGCCAUCAGCAAAGAGGACCUGCAGGAACUCCUGUGCUCUGUCAAUAUCAUCUUCCACUGCGCGGCCACUGUACGCUUUGACGACCCACUGAGACAUGCUGUGCAACUUAACGUCACUGCCACCCAGCAGCUCUUACAUAUCGCCAGUCAGAUGCCAAAGCUUGAAGCCUUCAUACACAUCUCUACUGCCUAUUCCAACUGCAACCUAAAGCACAUCGACGAAGUCAUCUAUCCGUGCUCUGUGGAGCCAAAAAAAAUCAUCGAAUCCAUGGAGUGGUUAGAUGAUGCUAUCAUUGAUGAGAUCACUCCCAAACUGAUUGCCGGUCGGCCUAAUACUUACACCUACACCAAGGCCUUGGGAGAGAUGGUAGUGCAGGAAGAGGGCAACAACCUGAACGUGGCCAUCAUCCGGCCCUCCAUCGUGGGAGCCACCUGGCAGGAGCCUUUCCCAGGCUGGGUUGAUAACCUAAAUGGACCUAGUGGAAUCAUUGUUGCGGCUGGAAAAGGAUUUCUUCGUUCCAUAAAAGCUACCCCAAUGGCUGUGGCAGAUUUAAUUCCAGUUGAUACAGUUGUCAAUCUCACCUUAGCGGUAGGAUGGUACACUGCAGUUCACAGACCUAAGCCAACCUUAAUCUACCACUGUACAUCGGGAACUACCAAUCCCUGUAAUUGGGGCAAAAUGGGAUUACAAGUCUUGGCAACUUUUGAAAAAGCCCCAUUUGAGAGAGCAUUCAGGAGGCCAAAUGCUGACUUCACAACCAACUACUUCACAGCCUCCUACUGGAAUGCGGUCAGCCACCGGGCCCCUGCCAUCAUCUAUGACUUCUAUCUGAGACUCACCGGAAGGGAGCCCAGGAUGACAAAGCUCAUGAAUCGGCUUUUAAGAACUAUUUCCAUGCUGGAGUACUUCAUCAACCGGAGUUGGGAAUGGAGCACAUACAAUACAGAAAUGCUGAUGUCAGAGCUGAGUCCUGAGGACCAGAGAGUAUUCAACUUUGAUGUGAGCCAGUUGAACUGGUUAGAAUACAUUGAAAAUUAUGUUUUGGGAGUUAAGAAAUACAUAUUGAAAGAGGAUAUGGCUGGGAUCCCAGAAGCAAAGCAACACUUAAAAAGGCUCCGAAAUAUUCACUACCUCUUUAAUACUGCCCUCUUUCUUAUCAUCUGGUGCCUUCUCAUUGCAAGAUCUCAAAUGGCCCGGAAUAUGUGGUUCUUCAUUGUGAGCUUCUGUUAUAAGUUCCUCUCCUACUUUAGGGCAUCCAGAACGCUAAAUAUCUAAGAACAUUCAACAUUCACCUUUUAUCUGGAACCUCUCGGAUACCUCUCAAAACAGUAAACUGUGGUUCUCAAGAUUAGGAAGUAACAAGGAACAUGUCCAAGCUGACAUAUGUCAAAUAUGCUGUUACGUAUUCAUCACUAUUUCUUAACUGUCUAUUUUUAUUUCCAUGAAAGAAGGAAAGUCACAAACUAUACUAUAGCCAUACAUAUUUUAGGAAAAAAUUACUUCCAGAUUAUUUCCUAACACUCUAGUCUAGGCUCUUGCAUACUCAAUGUGAAAAUGCUCCCACUUUUCUUAUUUAACUUUUCUCUUUGAGAGGAUUAAUUUCAACUCAAUAAGCAAGGAAGAACAUAUGGAGAAGCCAAAAUAAGCUAAGGCAGUACUGACCCUGGAAACAUAUUGGGGUAACUGGGAGAAAGGUCUGAACACAAGACAGGUAGAGGAAUUGUCAUCUCAACACCGUCACAAAUGCUGUAAGUUAAACAAUUCCCCACUGGAGUGGCUCUCCUUCCUUUCUAUGCUGUAACAGAGCCUGGUUAAGGAGUAGAAUCAGAAAAGUGAGUUCACAUUUACCAUUUUUCUUAACUAUAUCCACUUCUUAAAACUAAAAAAAAGAUCAAGAAGUAUAAAUAAUUAUGUAUAGAAUGAGGACUUAAGCAUAUUUGCAUUGGAGAGUCUCACUAUGCUUUCAAGUCAACAUUAAUAAUAACAUCUCAUAAAAUUUUGAUAACUAUUAUUUAAUCACCAGUUUUAUGGAUAAUCUUUUCUUGUGAGUUUCCUGCUUAUUGAUUAAAAUUGCCAAAGCCCUUAUAUUUAAGCUUAUUUCACUCAGGAGGCAUCUAUUUGAGUGGCUAAAGGGGAAGGAAAUUCCUACACCAGAAUCUUAAAAACCCAGUCACCUCAUCUUUGCCAUUGAUGAAAGCAAAAUUUCAAGUAAAAAUUUAAAAUCUAGUUUGUCUUCUUAUAUAAAGUGGGGAAGAUUACUCUUCUGUGAUCACCAGAGGAUUUAUUAGUAUCUUGAUUAUUUCAAUUGUACAAUGUUGACUGUACAAUGUACAGCAGAAAAGUGGAUUUCAUUAAGUUUAGAGGGUUUUUUUUUGCCUAAAAUGUUUUAUAUAAUACAAAUUAGUAAAAUCUUUAUAUGCUCUCACAUUCCCAUAGUAAUAACUGUUAUCCCAACUUUUCUCAUAUUUGAGAGUGCAUGUUGAUUACUUUUCUUCAUGCUAAAGACAAUAUUAUUCAAAUAUGACUUUUGGGAUCUAAAAAGUAAUCAUCACCACACAACUAGUUGAAAAAGUUAAUAAAGAAUAGCAGUCACAUUUAUGCUCACCUUCUGAAAAAAUUAAUUAGUAAUACUCAAAAAGGCAUAUUCUGGUAGUUGAAAUAUAUAAGGCCUUACGGCAGUAUCAUAAAAGGCAUUUUGGGGAAACUCUUCUGGGCAAUGUUUUUACCAAUCUGACAUAAGAUCUAGGGACUACUUUCUAUGGCAGACAACUCAGCUCUGAAACAAAACACCAGUUUGAGAUGUCUAUAUGAUACUUUUGAAUUACAGUAAUACAAACUAGGGAUACAGUAAAAAUAUGAAAUCAAGAUAAAGUUCAAUGGAUUGGAUUUAAACACAAUAAUUCUAAGCAUUUACUAUCUUUUGAUUAUUGUAUGUUGCAUUAAUUCAGUAACUCCACUGAUCAAGUACUCACAUUUUGACUUUUGAUUAAAUAAAACUUUGAAUUAAAAACUUCC